UGCGCAUGCGAGUUUCUGCCUUUCUGCUGCAUUGCUAACAAGGCAAAACUCAGGAAGAGAUGAUGGCAGUCUCGGGACCCGAGGAAAUAGCGGUGAUCGGGAACACCGACCUCACCUCCGCAGAACUAGAGAACAACAUUAAAAACACGAUGGUUGAGAUUGAAAAAGGGACGAGUCUUCUAAGAAAGAUGGAGAUCAGCGUUGGAGAGGCAGAGAAAAGGACUGGGAAGAAUACAGUCAACAUGCUGGAGAUAUACACUGUUUACCUAAUUGAGACACGGCCGGUUGAUGCUGUGACAGAAGGUAUAACCCCAGCCCCAGACUCCUUAUGGAGGAGAUACAGCGAGUUUGAGCUUCUUAGAAACUACCUGUUGGUCACCUAUCCCUUUGUUGUUGUUGCCCCAUUACCUGAGAAGAGGGCAGAGAUUGUGUGGCACAAGCUGUCAGCGGACAACAUGGACCCAGACUUUGUGGAGAGAAGGAGGGUCGGACUGGAGAACUUCCUGCUCCGAGUAGCCUCCCACCCAGUUCUUUGCAACGACAAGAUCUUCUACAUCUUCCUCACUGAGGAAAAAGGAUGGAAGGAAAUGGUGUACGAGACAGGAUUUCAAGCAAAGGCUGAUUCCAGGUUGAAAGCUAUGAAUGCAGCAUUCAGGGUGAAGAAUCCAGACAAACGGUUUACAGAGCUGAAACAUUACAGCGACGAGCUACAGACUGUAGUCUCCCAGCUGCUGAGAGUACGGGCAAGGGUAGCAGAUCGACUGUAUGGGGUGUACAAAGUGCAUGGAAACUAUGGACGAAUCUUCAGUGAGUGGAGUGCCAUAGAGAAAGAGAUGGGAGAUGGACUACAAAGUGCUGGCCAUCACAUGGAUGCGUAUGCUGCUUCUGUAGAUGAUAUUCUGGAGGAAGAGGAGCACUAUGCUGAUCAGCUUAAGGAGUACCUGUUCUAUACUGAGGCACUAAGGGCAGUAUGCAGGAAGCAUGAGUUGACACAGUUUGAGCUGGAGAUGGCUGCACAGGACUUAGCCUCUAAGAAACAGCAGAAAGAGGAACUGGUCACAGGGACUGUGCGGACCUUCUCACUGAAGGGGAUGACCAGUAAGCUGUUUGGCCAGGAGACUGCAGAGCAGAGGGAGGCUAAGUUACAAGUGUUGGAACAACAGAUAAAGGAGGGAGAGGAGACUGUCAAAGAGAAGAACACCGAGAGCGAUGAGUUUGUGAAGACUGCCUGGGUAGACAUUGAACGCUUUAAAGACCAGAAGGACCGGGACCUGAAGGAGGCCCUGAUUAGCUAUGCAAUCAUGCAGAUCAGCAGGUGUAAAAAGGGAAUACAAUUGUGGACCAACGCAAAGGAGUGUUUCAACAAGAUGUGAUCUUCAGGGCCAAAACAGGCCCUCCAAACAAACAGCAAAACAGAACAGGCUUUUUUUCAGGGGACUCCUCCUGGGGCUGCGUCCCAACUGGCACUCUAUUCCCUAAAUAGUGUGUUACUUUUGACCAGAGCCCUGUGGGGUCUGUGCACUAUAUAGGGAAUGGGGUGCUUUUUGGGACACAUUCCUGGACACAGUCCCUAUGAUCCUUAUGGCAAAAUACUGAGUGGUGUUUUGAUCAUUAAUGCUCAAGAAUAAAUAAAUAAGUGAAUUAUUUUUCUAUAUCUUUAUCAUGUCCGAUUGCUAGCAGCCUUGAUUUGAUCGACUUGCAAUUGCAGUUAUUUCUCAGUGACUGUCUGACAAAUGUAUUUUCGUACAAAUGUAUUUUCGCUGAAACAUUGAUUUAAGGUAAAUUCCCAAGCACUUACACUAAUUUUUUUAUAGAGAUGCCAAGAAAUGUGGACUGAAUUCAAUUUUCCUAUGCUGCCUUUUACACAAUGUUUAAAAUCACGUCAUAAGAUUAGGCUUGCAAAAUUCCUGGAAUUUUUUAUAAAUUCCCUGGUUUUCCCAAAAUCCGGGCUGGAGGAUUCCAGGAAUCAGGAGGGGAUAAGCAGGAAAUCCGGAUUCCUCAAUCUAGGAUUCAUGGAAAACCAGGGAAUUUAUUGAAAGUUCCCAGAAUUUUGCAACCUUACAUAAGAUUACAACUAUUUUUAUUUUGUAUUAUUUAACCAUGCAAGUCAAUUAACAACAAAUUAUUAUUUACAAUGGCGGCUUGGCAAGAGGCAAUUAGAUUAGUUCUAUAAGAAGAUUGUGCUUGCCGUUUAUUUUUCAUGCACUUGUGCUUUUUAUAAUUUUAUACUCGAGUGGUCAGUGUGGUUGGUAUAUUGACCUUUCUGUAUUUUCUACUCUCAGUGCAUUGUCCCAGUAUACUAAAAUAAGGUGUUCAAUCUAUCUGCAAUAUUAAAGCUGAUCAACACCCUAAAAAAAAAAAAAUAUAUAUAUAUCAUUUUACAUUUUAG